ACACACCGAUGGAUGUUUCAAAGAGUUUAGAAGUGAGGUGGGCGCAGGGACUCACCAGCAGCAAGGCUGUGUUUGUGGAUGAAACUACAGCCUGUUACUCCUGUGGCAAUCACAUCAUCUUCCUCGAUGUGGAAACACAAAAGAGGAAAGUGCUUCAGAGCCCUGGUCAUGGCAUCGGGGUCUUCACAGCAAGUGGACUUUGUAAAACGCUUGCCUUUUCUGAGCAGAGGCGUUUCCCUUCGAUUUUCGUCUACAGAUAUCCUGAGCUCAGCCUGAGAUGUGAGCUUAAAGGAGAAGCUAAACUGGCUUACACAGCCCUUGCACUGAGUGACACUGGUCCUUAUUUAGCCAGCUGCUCAUCUUUACCUGACUAUACCAUCACAGUAUGGAACUUGGAAAGGGGAAUUUCAAUUUGCAGCAGUCGACUGGCUGAAGAGGAUGUCACAACUCUACUUUUCAAUCCAAGGAGCUGGCAGCAAAUUUGUGCUGUUAAUCUAACCUCACUAAGCAUGUGGAAUAUUGAGAGAAGUAACGAGUUCCAUGUUAUGAAGCCCAGUAUUGUUGAUCUCCCUGGCAUCGAUGAGUCUAUAAUUGAGCAGGAGGUUGACACUUCUUACAUCCUUGCUGGCCCUCAGAUGCCCAAAUCAGCUAUUGCAGGGCUGAGUGGUGACAGUGCAGAUAAGAUUUUGCCUCUAAUCCAAGUGAAGCCUCGACUCUGCCCAAGUGCCAUCUGCUGGUCCAUUUCUUCAGACCUUUAUGUUGGGACUAAAGAAGGCUUUCUGCUGUUAGUAAACACUAAAAGUCUCCUUGUCUCUGUCCUGCACAACUCUCAUAUUCAACAAAGCCUCUCAGACGGCAGCAAAAGCCUGGAAGGCAGUUUUCAGGGCUUGGCAGUACACAGUAAAGGACUGUUUGCUACAGGACAUGAUGGUGUUUUGCAAACCCUCGAGAUCAAAGGGAACAAAAUAAAAGUGGUCGAAACUUUGGAUUUAGAUAACCCAGUCUCAAGUCUUUGUUUUUCACCUGACUAUGAAACAUUGCUGCUAUCCUCAUCCAAUGGAUGCAUUUACAAGUACAAUCCUGGGCUUAAAAAAGAAGUUCUCAAAAUUCUGGAUGUGAUGUGUGGAGACUUUAUCACUGCUGCUCCUUUAUACACUGAAAUGAACCUCUGUGUGUCAGUCAGAGAGUCUGGGGAACUGCAGCUGUGGUCACUGGACAGUGGAGAUUGCAUUUCAUCCAUCUCUUUAAAGACAAAAGUGACCUGCUUGGCAUGUUGUCCAAUAGCCCAGUAUGUUGCUGUGGGAACAGUAACAGGUCAUGUCCUCUUUGUGGAUCUGACCAGAGCACACAAACCUCGACUUGUUCACACAGUCCAUCUAUACCAUGUGCCUGUCAAACAUUUAGUUUUUGACCUAGGAACACAUUUCUUGAUUACAGGAGCUUUUAAUUUACACAUAUUUUUCCUGGAUGCAAGACCAUCAAAAGCAUUUGAAAUCAUUGGAUACACAGACACUAUGGGUUCCACCGUGAGUCUGUCAACCCAGUAUCACAAAGAGAGCAAACAAGUGGAUGUGCUGAUGCUCUGUAAUAGUGAGGAGAAGAGCAAGACAGAUGAGAAACAUACAGAAGGGAAUCUGCUGAUGUUGUUGUCAGUGUCUACACAGCAGAUCUUAGAUGCAGCAAAUUGUGUGGACCCAUAUGGCUGCUUGCGAAAACAAGUUGUUAAAACCCGUGUGUAUGAGGUCCCACACUCUCUCUCCUCAUGUGUUCUGGCUACCAAGGCAAUCUUUGGUUAUUGUCACCAGAAGAAAGUUCUUCAGAGAUUCCGACUACCGCAGAGUGUGGAUAAAACGUCUAGCAGCCAGACAGCAGUUAGACUGAAUCCACAAAAGGAAGCAAAAGGUCAUCCGCUCGGCCCUGCAUCACUGUGUCUCUCACCUCAUCAGGGCUGGCUGGCGUCUGUUGCCAGAGACGGGCUGCUUCGCAUACAUGAUGUCACCACUCUGGGGAAGAUUGUGGAAAAGCAGUGCCACUCUUGGUGGUUGGGAGGAAUUCGCUCUGUGUCUUUUACCCCUGACAGUCAGACGCUUAUCACUACGGGCCUCCAAGAUGGCUCUCUGGUUUGCAGUGGGCUCUGCUUAAAGAUGGCUGCAGGUAUCCAGUAUGGCGAAUCCAUGCUGGCCUCCUUUCAACAGCAGGUGUCCCAAGAGAACCCUAUUCUUAGUGACAUGGCUGACUGGGAAGCACCAGCACAGACACAGGCACCAGCAGAGGCUUGUAACAGGGGGGAGGUAACACAUGAUAAAACAAACAAUGAUGAGAGUUGCCUCAGUUUGUCUUCCAUAUCUGCAUGCAGUUCUACAUGGCUAGAUGAUAAACUAAAUGCAGUACUUAAAGAGGAAAGCCAGCAGUAUGCAGAGCUCAUGCAGAGUCUUAGGCAGAGCAUACAAGAACUUCGGGGAAUAAUUCGGGCUAUGAUGCAGGAGAAUGAAAAGCUGCCAGACAUGGAGAAGCUGCAGCAGCUGGAGUUCAACCUGGAUGUGGAGGAGCAGCAGAGACUACAAACUGAGGGAGAGCAGGAGGUCAUCAGGAUGAGAAAGGAGAUGGAGCUUGAGAAUGUGGCAAAGCGUUAUCAGCACGACAUUCUCAAGAAAAAGUACUGGGACUCCAUGGAUGUGAAAUGGAAGGUCAUUAAGGCUUUCCAUUCAGGUAAUGAAGUGGAUAAUUUUCCCAUGAAGGAACGCACAGCAAAGGAGCUAGAAGAGCUUGCCAGGAUAGAAGCCAUGCGAGAGAACGAAGAGGCUGCACUUAGUCAGGUUUUGGAGAACAUCACGUCACCAUCAGAGGGGGACGAAGAUGAGGAAGAUGAAUGGCAUGAGGUGAUCUCAGCUUUACCAAGCAGUCUGAGUGCUCAAUAUGGAGGAUCCAACCCACACUUACAAAACCAGUUCUGCCUGCAUACAAGACACCAAAAGCUCAACCACAUCAUCCUGAUACAGGAUGUUAUGUACAAAGUGAAAACAGCUUUUAAUAAAGAGUUUGAAGCUGUGCACAAACAAAAAGAGCAAGAGAUCAACCGCGUAAGAGACAAAAACAAGCGCAUUACAGAAAUUAUGAGCAAGCUGGAGCUGCAGGAGACCAUGUGGGAGCCCACUCUGAGCGACAGUGAGAGACCAGAGAGAGCUCUCACCGUCAGUGACUCUGAGAUCAAAGUUGAAAAAUACCUGACUCCUGAGCAGAGACAAAGAGAGGAGGAGCAGAGAAAGGAAGAGGAGCAGAGGAAGCUUGCAUCAAAGGGGGACAAUAUCAGAGUGAGAGGUUUGGAUGAUAUGAUGGGUGGCGUCCUUGAGGUGAAAGAAGACGACAUUCUGAGCAUGGAAGUACCACUACCAGAGUUUAUUAUUAAGCCUGAACUUGAGUGGACAGAGGAGGAAAGAACAGCCUACAAUGUGUAUGAGAGAAAAGUAAUAGAGCUAACUGAAGAACAGGAGAAAUAUAAAAAGACCUUACUGGCAGAGAUGAAGAAACUGCAGUCAUCCAUUAAAGAUGCCACCCAGGCCUUUGAUGAAACACUGCGCAAGCUGACCGAAAGGAAACUAAAAUCAGAAAUGGUUUUAUACCAGGAAGAGCUAAAGAUCACCAACCUGUUGCAUUCCUUAUUAAUUGAGGAAGAGAUGUUGAAACGAGAGGAAGAGCUAAGCUACAGACUGGAGAAGGCACAAGGCAUUAAGAAUCAAAUUCGGAAAACUUUGAAUAAUCACAAAGAGGACGUAGAGGCCUUUCAGGAGAUGUAUGAUAACACAGUUAUAGAAGAUAAUUUUCUAGACAGUGGAUUUCGCAAAGAGUUUUCUGAUGUCCCUAGACACAUUAUUGACUGGCUGUACAAGCUUUACAAGCGUAGACCCAGGAUCCAAAUUAUGAAGGCGCAGACAGACAAGACAGGCUUAUUUAAGGAAUCUUCUAUGUUGAUUCAAGCGACAUUAGAAGGACACAUACAGAUGAUGAAGGCCAUGGAGCAGUUAGAUGCACCACAGAACAUGCCUGAGGGCCUGGACCCAGCUGUGUGGGAAAGAUUCUGUCUUGCCAGAAGGACCAAAGUCGAAAGUGAGAAUAAGAUAAAAAUGGAGGCAUUGACUUUAGUGGAGAUGCAGACCUUCUUGCAGAAGAGAAAAGAUGAGGUGGAAGGUUCACAAACAGAAAUCAAGAAUAUUGCUGAAAGUCUUCUGCGUCUCCAAGACGAACGUUCAAAGAACCUCCUCGAUAUUGUGGUGCAGAUCCUGUUAAAACAGGGCCAGGUUGAGGUGGAGACUGGAGAGUUUGCUACAAACUAUGCAGACUCCUUGUUGCUUCAUCGUAGUGUUGUGGAGGACCUGAACAAUACUAUCAGGGGUUUAGGAGAGCAGAAGAUUGCCAGUAUGGUAAAGUGCAAAGACUUUCAUAAAGGAUUUAUUCAGAUGGAAUGGGAGCAUAAGAGAAUGAGUAGACAGAUUGAAGAUCUUAAAAAAAAAUCCAGAGACAUUCAGAUGCUGUACAUGUCUCAUGAGGUCCAAGAGUAUCUGACAGAGAUAGACCAAGACAAAGCACUGUCUAAGAAGUUAUAUGCUCUGGAGGCGGAAAUGAUGUUGCAAGUGAAGAUUCACACACAGAAUGUAGAGAGCUAUAAGAAGCUGAUAAAGAAUCUGAACAAACAAGCUAAGAGGAAGAAAGAGAAGAGUGAAGCUUUAGAUUUGCAGUUGUCCGACAUGCAAUUGAUGGUUGAAGAAAGAAGAAACAUCUAUGAUAGCACAACAAUAGAGGAGAGUCAAGAGCAUCAAGCUAAGCAACGCUAUAAAAAUAUCCUACAGAGAAAGAAGUUUAUGGACUUGGCCAAAGCCCAGGCUAGAAACAUAGCUAUACUGCAGCUUGAGUUGGAAUGCCUGCUAAUGAAGACAUAUCCUGCUCUUCAAUAGAAACAUAUCCAAGACAUAUCUAGGGUUGUUGGGAGUGGGGCAGCUUUAACUACAUAGCUGAAGCAAUUGUUCCCAGUGACCUGGUGUGCAAGUUCCCAAGAAAUCUGAUGUGUUGACCUGUGAUUCAUUAAGACUAAAAGAGUUUUAGGGUGAACAGCUUUAGACUGGAUGAGGGCAGCUGCACGAAGUGUCAAUGUGAUGGCAACAGGGUGAUUCCCCACACUCCCCCAUUCCAUGGCUUUCUGCAUCACUGUUCAAUUAAACACCAACAGCAUGAAGCAGCAGUGUGAUU